CACUUUGGUUUUAUCAUUCUACACCCGGCUACAACGUAUCAAUUCCUUCUACCCCUUUUUUACUCUUCCCCCUUGUGUCAAGGUUUUAGCACACUGUCUUUCUCUCUCUAAACCAGUACGAGUUCCGAAACCUCCUUCGACAAAUGGCAGCGGAGGUGCACGAUAGCCUGGCACCCGAAACCGACGACAAGGAAGCGGUGGAACCGACGGCGGCGUCGGAGGAUAUCGAGUCACGAAUUACCACAGCCAUGCGCUCUCGUGUUGGCCACUUCAAGGAACAAGCCGAUUCGUUAACAUUCGAGGGAGUUCGAAGAUUGUUAGAGAAAGACUUGGGGUUAGAGACGUUUGCAUUGGAUGUUCGCAAGAGAUUCGUCAAGCAAUGCCUGCUAAAGUGCUUAGAUGGUGGUGAUGACGAUGAUGCCCCCAAGAGUUCUGGUGAAACUGGGGAGAAAAACGUAAGUACAACCACUGAAGUAACAGAAUCACCGAAAGCAAGACAAUCAAAGAAAGAUGUAAAGGAAGCUUUCUCUGAAGAUGAGGAGAAAUUGGAAGACUCUCCAGUUUUGGGCCUUUUGACUGGACACAAGACUACAAAAACAGAAACCACUGAAACUGAGACUAAAGAAAAUAAAGAUGUUUCUGAGAGUACAAUAAAAAAAGCGAUAAAAAAAAGAGCUUCUUAUGUUGAAGCUAAUUCGGAUAAAGUCACAAUGGCUGGUCUUCGUCGGCUUUUGGAGGAAGAUCUUAAACUUGAUAAGUAUACACUCGAUCCAUACAAGAAGUUUAUAACUGAACAAUUAGAUGAGCAGGUAUUAAAGUCUGGCGAAGUUUCUGCGCCUGCUAGUGUGGUUAAGAAAAACAAUCUGAAGAAAAAUUCUCAGAGCAAAGCCUCUAGAAAGGUCAGCAAGAAAGUGAGUUCUGCUUCAUCAGGAAGCGAGAGUGACGAAGAAGAGGAAGAGGAAGAUGAAGAUGAAGAUGAAGAUGAAGUUGAAGAUGAAGAUGAAGAGGAGGAGGAAGAAGAAGUGAAACCCAAAAAGAAGAUCAGUGCGAAAGGGAAGAUUAAGAACUCUGAAGGUCUUAAAAAACGGAAAAUACCUACAAAAGAGGCAGAGAUGCCUAGCAAGAAGAGAAGCAAGCAUGCAGAAUUGAUUUCAGAUGACAAUAGUGAUGCAGAAGACAGUGGGAGUGUCUCAGAUGAUGGUCGCUCUCGAUCUUCUGCUGCAAAAGUGGUGAAGAGAAAAGAAACUUCCACUCCAGUAUAUGGGAAACAUGUGGAACAUCUGAAGUCAGUUAUCAAAUCAUGUGGGAUGAGUAUUCCUCCCUCAAUCUACAAGAGAGUCAAACAGGUACCUGAGAAUAACCGUGAAGCCCAACUCAUAAAGGAACUGGAGGAGAUUCUUUCUAAAGAAGGAUUGUCUUCAAAUCCUUCUGAAAAAGAAAUCAAGGAAGUCAAGAGGAGAAAAGAAAGAGCAAAAGAACUAGAAGGGAUUGACACAAGUAAUAUUGUGUUAAGUUCACGUAGGAGGUCUACAACCAGUUUUGUUGCUCCACCAAAGCCCAAAAUACCAAAUGCAAGUGAUGAUGAUGAAAGUGAAGAAAGUGACGAGGAUGAUGAUGACGAUGACGAUGAAGAUAAUGAUGCUGAAGACGGCGGUGAUGAAGGCAACAGCCAAAGUGAAGGAUCAGAUGAAGAAGAAGAUGAAGACAGUGACUGAAUCCUGCACAAGCCAAACUUGCAACGUGAUGGCUGGCUCAUUGACUGUUUUAAAGCAUGAUGCUGUAUUAUGUAUCUCAAUUUUUAAUUUCUUACUAAUAUUUUCUGUUUUUUAUUUGGUGUGGGAAUAGAUAGUCACUUGAUAGAAUGGAUGACAGUCGAUAGAGAAAUUUGCUUUUAUUUUUGUUAAAUAGGAUUGUCAUAUAUUGUCGACUAAUGUAGGGGCUUAGUUCCUCUUUCUUAGAAAGUUAAAUUUUAUUUUAAGUUAAUGCCAUUAUUGCCUUUGGUUU